GAGAGGGAGGGAGGGAGAUUCGAAUGACCCACAAGCUGGGUUUCGGCUCUUCUUUCUCUCUUCCUUCCAAGAAUAACCAAAAAGCGCAACCUUUCUUCUAUCCAUGUUUUCUCUCUCCCCAAUGGCUAUGGAAUAACCACAACAUGUAGACCAAGUUUUUAUCUUUUGCUUCUUUUGUGUUUUGUUGGGGAUUCUCUAGCUUUUUAUCCAAGGCUUUUGAUUUCUGGGUUUUUGAGAUAAAUGAAAAUCCAGAAAGAAGAAUUGGAUAAAAUGGCUGUGAAAGUGGAAGAAGAAGGGGAAGCUCAAGAAAUCCCACAAAUGGAAAAGGAAAUGGAAGUUACUCUUGAUGAUGCCUCCCCGAGAGGUGUAUUGGAGAUACCGGUUCUCGGUUCUGACUCCGAUCACAGCAGCAGAAGCAGCGGCAGCUGCAGUUCAUUUUCGACGGAUAAAUUGAUUCCUCAGACGACUGUGACGGCUCGUGAAGGGCAUGGGUUACAAUGGAGGAAUAUGAUUGACACCCUGAAGAAGAAAUCUAUGAGGAGGUUUUCGGUGAUUCCUCUUCUGACGAACUACGAGAUUAUCAGGAAGACUUCGAAGAGGAAAUUGGGUCGAGUACAGAGCCAUGACGAGGAGACGGGGAUUGAUUUUGAAGGCAUACCUUUGACCAAGCCUUCAUGGAGGAAUUUUAGUUGUGCAGAGCUUGUGGCCGCCACAGAUAAUUUCAGUGCUGAUAAUUUGGUUGGCGAAGGGGGCCAUGCAAAAGUAUACAAAGGUUGUUUAUCUGAUGGUCAGCUUGUGGCAGUAAAGAAACUAAUUGAGAAUGAGAAGGAAGAAGUGAAUGGAAUCAGUGAUUUCUUGUCAGAACUUGGAAUCAUUGCACACAUAGACCACCCAAAUGUAGCAAAAUUCCUUGGCUUCAGCAUUGAUGAUGGUCUUCAUCUUGUCCUCGAAUUUUACCCUCAUGGGAGUCUUGCUUCUGUGCUUCACGGAGGAGCAGAAUGUUUAGAAUGGAAAAUUAGAUUUAAGGUGGCCAUAGGAGUAGCAGAAGGACUGCAGUAUCUCCAUCAUGAUUGCCCACGGCGCAUCAUUCACAGAGACAUCAAAGCAUCUAACAUAUUACUCACUCAAGAUUAUGAGGCUGAGGUUUCUGAUUUUGGACUGGCAAAAUGGCUUCCAGAAAAUUGGGUUCAUCAUGUAGUAUUUCCAAUUGAGGGCACAUUCGGAUAUUUGGCCCCCGAAUAUUUUAUGCAUGGGAUUGUUGACGAGAAGACUGAUAUUUUUGCCUUUGGGGUUCUAUUACUCGAGCUCAUAACAGGUCGUCGUGCAGUUGAUUCUAGUAGGCAAAGCCUUGUGAUAUGGGCAAAACCACUGCUGGAGGAAAAUAGUGUGAAGGAAUUAGUCGAUCCUCGACUGGGAGAUUCAUAUGAUCCUACAGAAAUGAAGCGUGCUAUGUUGACGGCUUCAGAGUGUAUACACCAUCUACCCUCCAUGCGUCCACCCAUGAACCGGGUCUUGCAGCUAUUGAAGGGUGAAGAUGCGCCAACAGAGUUCAAGCAGAAGAGAAAUGCAGGAAGAGAAAUUCUCCUAGAUGCCUGUGACAUGCAGGACUACACUUGCACUACCUACCUUAACGACCUCAAUCGUCACAUGCAACUCGCAAUGGAGUAAACAUCGGUUGUAUAUACCAUCUCAGUAUCAUUGCUCCUGCUGAUGCUGCUGCUGAUGCUGAUGCUGCUGCGGUUCUCAAGAGGUGCUAGUAGUGCUCUGAUAAAACAGGGUAUUGACACAGUUUGUAUAUUGAGUACACAAUGUUUUAUUGUACCAAAAAAGUCACUUGAACUACAAAUCCUUUUCUUCACUUUCAGUGGUUUUUAGCUACUGCUUGUAUGCUCUGCUCUUUAUUUGAUUGUAAGAGCAACAUUGGUGUACUUUAAAUGAAAUUGUUGCAGAAUGAACUAGGUCAGUCAAACAUUGUCUA